AUGUCAAGUCUCUCUUGCCAGUUCGGUCGCGUCGGGGCCCUGUCUGCCCGGCGCUGUCUGCCGUCGACUGGCAAGCGCCUGCUAAUGCGCGCCAUGAUCAUGGCCAGCGCGCUUGCGGUCGCCGUGCGCGGCCAACGGGUGCACCCCAGCGCUCCGAAAUGGUGCCCUCACCUCAUGGCGAGUGCUGGCUCAUCAGCUCAUCAAGACCUGCUCGAGUACUGCGGAUACCUCGUGAAGGCACACAGCAUGGGCCUGGAAAAGAGUGCCAUCGUCGUGGAUGUCGGCACCGACCAAGGCACCGAGGCGCUCACGUCGCGCGGGUUCGGCCAUCCGGUCAUCACAUUUGAGUGUCGAGGAUCACAGGCGCAGCGCCUUCUACGAUCGCCCUGGUUCAACAAUGACACUGGCUUGCGCCUUGUGCACGCGUGUGUGACCGAUCAUGCCGGCCUGGGCUCGCUGCAUCGCGCCGUCGACUCGAGUUCGAUGCUGGAAUCCUCGAUACAGAACCCAGGCGCGGCGUGGAAGGCGAACCGAGAGCGACGGGCUGGUGAGGGGAUUGAACCGGUGCCCGUGAUGCGGCUCGACAGCGCGCUGGAUGCCCGCUCCUUUGAGGCGCUCGGCUGGUCCGGACUUGCCGGCCGUCGCAUCGGGUUCCUCAAGCUCGACGUGCAGGGUGUCGAGAAGACGGUACUGCGUGGCGCCGUCGAAACGUUGCGCAGGCACCGGCCGUUUAUAGCCUUCGAGUACACGCUUUUGCCUGAGAGCGAUCGCAAUGGGACGACUCUCAUCAAUGAAGUGCUGCGCAACGCAUUCCACGGUGGUGGCCAUAGGCGCGUGCACUACUCCUGCGAGUGCGGCCGCAACGAUUGCUUCUGCCACGCGCCUUGGGCAUGA